AUGGAGAUUCAGAAGCCACAGUCGAACGCCUACGUGCUCGGCGYGGGUAUGACAAAGUUCAUCAAGCCGCGACAGCAACGAUCUUACGUAGAGAUGGGCUUUGAGGCUGGCGCGAAAGCUAUGCUCGAUGCCCAAAUCAACUACGAUGAUGUACAACUUGGAGUUGGAUGCUUCUGCUACGGCGACACAACUAGUGCUCAACGUGUGUUUUACCAGUUUGGAAUGACUGGAAUUCCAAUCUACAAUACCAACAAUGCCUGCGCUACUGGAUCGACAGGACUUCACAUGGCUAGAACUCUGGUUCGAUCGGGUGCUGCGGAUUGUGUUAUGGUCAUUGGCUUUGAACAGAUGCAGCCUGGCUCAAUCAAGAGCGGUUACUCUGACCGACCCAGUCCAAUGCAACUGGCCACUGAAAUGAUGGAGAAUGAAUUUGGCAAGCACGAGAGUCCCCGAAACGCUCAGUACUUUGCCAACGCAGGACGUGAAUACAUGGAGAAGUAUGGCGCCAAAGCUGAAGACUUUGCUGAGAUUGGAAGAAUCAGCCACGAGCAUUCCACCAGAAACCCAUACGCACAGUUCCAGCAGGAAUACACCCUCAAGGAGAUUAUGGAUUCUACCAUGAUCCAUGCACCAGUGACCAAGCUUCAAUGCAGCCCUACAAGUGACGGAGCCGGAGCCGCAGUCAUUGUGUCUGAACGAUUUCUCAAUGCCCGCGCACACUUGAAGAGCCAAGCCAUUCUUAUGGCUGGCCAGCAGCUCCAGACUGACGACCCUUCACUGUUUAGCAUGUCCGCUAUGGAUCUCUGCGGGUUUGGCAUGUCCAAGAACGCUUCCCAGAUGGCCUACAAAGAGGCUGGAGUCACCCCCAAGGACAUUGCCGUCUGCGAGUUGCAUGACUGCUUCUCCGCAAACGAGCUCAUUCUGCUAGAGGGUCUCGGAUUCUGUGAGAAAGGCAAGGCUCAUGAGAUGGUUAGGAACGGCGACAUCACAUACGGUGGCAAGGGCCCUAUCAUCAAUCCAUCAGGAGGCCUCCAAUCAAAAGGACAUCCCCUGGGCGCCACCGGACUUGCACAAUGUGCAGAACUCUGCUGGCAACUUCGUGGCUGGACAGGCCCUCGACACGUCGAUGCCAAAGUAGCCCUUCAGCACAACCUCGGACUUGGUGGUUGUGUCGUCAUCAACGUGUACAAGCGUGCCGAUGGCAAGGCCAACAAAAAACUCACGAAUGAGGAAGCCAUCAAGGGAACCAAUUGGAGCUACAACCCGGCCAUCGAGGCCAAGACGCCUUCCAUGGAUGAAAUCCAGAAGGUUCGCAGCAAGAAGUUUGCAGUGCAAUACGCUUUGGGUGAUACGCCGGAGAAGAUUCAGUCGAGACUGUAA